GGCGGCGCGGCCGCCAUGGCGUCUCCUUUCAGCGGGGUGCUGCAGCUGACGGACCUGGACGAUUACAUCGGGCCCUCGCAGGAAUGUAUCAAACCUGUAAAAGUGGAGAAGAAGCCUGGAAAAGCAGCAGCCAAGAUCAAAAUCGAAGCAGAUGGAAGCUACUUUCAGAUUGAUCAGAAUGGAGGAGCACAGAAGCUGGAAAAGGCUAAGAUCACCCUGAAUGACUGUUUAGCCUGCAGUGGCUGCAUCACCUCAGCAGAGAGUGUUCUGAUCACUCAACAGAGCCAUGAAGAGCUCUGCAAAGUGCUGGCUUUUAACAAGAGUGCUGCUCCCAGGGAACAGAAAUUGGUGGUGGUUUCUGUUUCACCACAGUCCAGAGCUUCCCUGGCUGCAAGAUGUCAAAUGGGUGUUCUGGAAACAGCAAAGAAGUUGACAGCAUUCUUGAAGAGCUUAGGGGUGCACUAUGUUUUUGACACCACCUUCUCCAGAAACUUCAGCCUGUUGGAGAGCCAGAGAGAGUUUGUGAGGCGCUUCCGAAGGCAAGCUGAGGACAAAAAGGCUUUGCCAAUGCUUGCUUCUGCCUGCCCAGGUUGGAUCUGCUAUGCAGAGAAAACCCACGGCAGCUUCAUCAUCCCUUACAUCAGUACCACCAAGUCCCCACAGCAGGUCAUGGGCUCCUUGGUCAAGGGCCACUUUGCAGCACAGCAGCACUUCCAACCCAACCAGACCUACCAUGUGACAGUGAUGCCCUGUUAUGACAAGAAGCUGGAGGCUUCCAGGCCAGACUUCUUCAGCCAAGAGCACCAAACUCGUGAUGUGGACUGUGUGAUCACCACAGGAGAAGUGCUCAAGUUGUUGGAACAGGAAGGAGUAUCUCUAUCAGAUGUAGAUCCUGCCCCACUGGAUACCAUGUUCAGUGGUGCUGCAGAAGAGGAGCUCACAAGCCACUCAGGAGGGGGCUCUGGUGGCUACUUGGAGCACAUCUACAAGCAUGCAGCCAAGGAGCUCUUUGGGAUCCAAGUGGACACAAUUCAGUACAAACCUUUAAAGAACAAGGACUUCCAGGAGGUGACACUGGAGAAGGAUGGAGCAGUCCUGCUCCACUUUGCUUUGGCUUAUGGCUUUCGAAACAUCCAGAACCUGGUGCAGAAGCUGAAACGAGGGAAGUCUCCCUACCAAUAUGUGGAGGUCAUGGCCUGCCCUGCAGGCUGUUUAAAUGGAGGUGGCCAGAUCAAAGCAGCUGGGGAAUCCAGCAAGGACCAGCUUCAGCAGGUGGAGAGGUUGUAUGAGUCUCUUCAGGCUGCAGUCCCAGAGCAGAACCAGGCUGUGAGUGAAUUGUAUGAGCAGUGGCUGGGUGGUGUGGAGUCAGAAAAGGCUCUGCAGGCUCUGCACACCCAGUACCAUGCUGUGGAGAAAGCCAGCACUGGACUGAACAUCAGGUGGUGAAGACUCACACUGUGAAGCUCAGACACUCAGUGCCUUUGUAACUCUAUUGAAAUACUCUCAAAACACAGCUCCACUUCCAUCCUGUCACUGGGAGCUUGCCAUGUCUGACUCUUUGUGGGAUGCAGGCAGUAUUCAUACCUACAGCUUUAGGAUUUUGGAGGUGAUGUAAAUAAAGCCCAGCACUGACUUAAAACAUGUCCCAGGCAGCAAUAAUGCAUCAAGCUGGCUUUGAGGGCUAAAGCUGGAGUUCUGGGGCAGGUCUGGAGUCCCCAGCACAGCAGACAGAGACUGCUGGAGUGGGGCCAGAGGAAGCCACAGCAGUGCUGGGAGGGCUGGAAGGGCUCUGCUGUGAGCCCAGGCUGAGAGAGUUGGAGUUGUGCAGCCUGGAGAAGAGAAGGUUUGGAGCCUUUCAAUACAUAAAGAAAGCUGGGGACAGACUUUUGAGCAGGGCCUGUUGGGACAGGACAAGGGGGGGAUGGCUUAGAGGGAAAGGGAGAUUCAUACUGGAGAGAAGGAAGAGAUGUUUGACACUGAAGGGUGGUGAGAGCCUGGCCCAGGUUGCCCAGGGAAGUGAGAGCUGCCCCAUGGCUGGAACCAUCCCUGCCCAGGUUGGUUUGGGCUCUGAGCAACCUGCUGUGGUUGGGGAUGU